AGACGCACCCGGCGGCGCCCGGGCCAGCCGACCUCCCGCGGUGUCAGGGCUGCGCCACCCUGCAGCCGAAUCUAAAUGAAUAUGUUGAAGCAUUAAUUGCCUUGAAACAAAAAAUUAUUAAUACAGAUAACCUGCUGACGGAAUAUCAGAAGAAAUGCGAUGAGCUGCAAUUUGCAAGAAGAGAGAACAGCAUGCUGCAUCACCAAGUGGAGCAGAUGCUUCAGAAAAUCUCCCCUCUGCAGAAAUGCCAGGAGGAGCUGGGAUCCUUGAAAGCAGAGCUGGAGGAGAAAAAGAGCUGUCUGAAGCUGUAUCAGAACACUCAACAGGAAUACGCCCGUGUGAAAGAGGAAUGCUUGCGAAGUGAUGCUCAGAAGAAGAAGCUGGAAGCUAAGGUGAAGAAGCUAGAAGAGGCUGCUGUCAAGCAAACUCAGGACUUCAAGCAAUUGAGAAAUGAAAAGAAAAUACUUGAAAAGGAAUUUAAGAAGACACAGGAAAGGUUUGAUGAAUUUUCCAAACAGAAAAAUGAGAAGGAGUUGAGACACAUUGGAACACAGAUCUCAAGUGACUCUCAUGGAAGCAUAGAUAAAAGGAAGGUGAAAGUUCUCCUGAAAGAGCUUUGGCUCUGUGUGAACACUGCUCACAGGCUGUCUGGGGAGAACAGCAGGCGCAUCCCAGAAAAACCUGUCAAAGGAGACAGUGUGUCCAGAGCCUCUGGGGAAGAUGAGUUGCUCCCAGUGCCAGGCAGUCCUGCCAGGGCGGCUGAUAUGCGUUCUUUCUUCACCAAGUUGUCUAUGGAGAUGGAAGGUGACUUCACUUCCUCUGACAGCGCAGAAGACGAGCAGCCCAGUGGAGUAAGCCCUGGCAUGGAGCUUGCUUGUCACGAGGAAAGUCAUCCCGAAGUCUCAGUGCAGAGGCCUGGCGAUGGCAAAGGGACCAGCAUUUAUGACCAUGAACACUUCUUUGAUGAUGAUCUUCAAGCUGCAAUUGACUUCUUCAAACUUCCCCCUCCUCUUCUGUCUCCAGUGCCCUCACCUCCUCCAACCACAUCACCACACCCGGGCUCUUUAUCGUCCUCCCUAGCACCUGAAUCCUACUUCGCAGAAGGAGAGUUCACAGAUUCCAGCGACAGUGACUCUACCCCACUUAGAAACUCUGCGGAAUUAGCUUCAGAAAAUUACACAGCCAGUUAUCGGAAUUACUGUGACUUGCUGGAAAAACUUAGAAGGAGUGAUAUUUGCAUGGAAAAGCCCAGGUCACAGGGAGUUGCCCAAGCUGUCAACAGGCUGGCACCUGUUGGAUUUGAUAGCCGAAGAGUAACAUUGGGAGAAACCCCGGCCACAUCUUACCUAGCUCGGGGAAAGCACUGGACAGCAUCGCCUGAAGCUGUGAGGGAUAGGGGAGAUGUUGUAGAAAGGGCAGAAGGAAAGGUAGCGGCCCGGGAGACAGAUAAAUCUGUGCAAAGAGUCAGGAAAGGGCUGCUGAAGCAUAACAGGAGACCAUGGGGGGAGAGAGCAUCCAGAAGCCCAGCCCGGAAGAAGGAAGCCAGAGCUGGAGAGUCAGAGGCUUGCUCUUCUCCUUUUGGCAAGAGGACAUUCAGUGAACUCAUGGAAUCUGAAGGGAAAACCCUAUCAUCAAAAGUGCUGUGCUCACCCCAGCCAGACUUUACUAAGUGGAGACUUACUGGUGAAUUUGCUCCCAAGUCACACCGUGUGAUGCAUUCUGGCCAUUUUCAAGGAAAGGAGAACGAUGCGCAGGAGUCUACUCUGGGAUCAGGCGCAGCAGGGCGUGACCAUUCAGCCAGUCUUCCUUCCCCGUCUACCUCUGUGCAAGAGCCUCUCUGCAGUAACCCCAAGGCUUCUCGGCUAGGGUUUUUCAAUGCAGGGGCUCCAGCAGACGUAACCUGUACAAACCUGCAUCGUUCAGAACAAAAGUCCCCAACUAGAACUUUCAACCCAUUUCUUCAGUGGUCUGAGCCAGCAGCACGUUUUCCAAAAGAAAAUGACCCAGAAAACAGCUCAUCUGCUUUGAGUGCCAAGUCAAAAUUAGGAGCAUCUACAUUUAGCGAUUGGAAGAGCAGAGACCCGGAACCUUUAAACGUUUUUAAAAGUACAGUGCAGGCACACCCGCUCCCCCAGUCAGUAUUUCAGAAGCCAGCCACAAGUGGGCAGUGUGGAGGCCGAGGUCCAGGCACUAAGCUCACUCUGCCUAAGUCAGACUGGACUUCAUUAGCGCCCUCUCAGGCUGGCUUCACCAGGAGGAGCCCUGGUUCUGCUGACAAUACCUCUUGGCACCGUAGCCAUAUACUGAGGAGAGGUGGUGAGGGCAGUCCCAGAGCUACCUCAGAACACCAGCAAAAGACCAGGCUUCAGCUAGAGAAGGCAGCACCGGCCUCACAGGGCAGCAGAUUGACAGCUGUGCAGGGACCUUCUGGAGAAAGUACCAUCCCUCUGGAACUCAACACAGCUGCUGCUUUGCUGCCAAACCAAGUGUCAGUCAUAACAAAGCAGGCAAGACCCGAGAGGAUGCAGAGUACCAGCCUGGAGCAAUGGCAGCCACGUGGGAGCACAUUGAGUCCUUCUGCAGACAGUAGUGAGGAGUCAGAUGCCACGCCAUCGGUAUCAGAGUAUACUGGAGAUGGGGAUCCCACAGCACAGGGCAGUGAGGGGGUAGCUGAUAAGGAAAGCCCUUCUCCACAAGUUUCUGUGUCUUGGGGAAAAUCAAGUGAUUCUCCAAGUGGCUCUGUGCCAGCAGAGAAUUUUGGUUCUACAGAUAAGUUACCCUUUUCCCCUGGUGACCACCUCAUCCAGAACCAGCGUGUCAUGAAUGAACUCUUGCAGCAGAGACCCAGGAGGUCUCCCCAUACCACACAGUCAGGUGCCCAGAGGCUGGAGCCUGGGAAGCUACUUCCCACUGAGGUGCCAUCCAGAGACUGUCCUACUGGACAGGUGCCCAGUGGAGCUCAUCCCCAGGCAAACGCUGAGGCCCCUGUAGCUGCAAGAGAUUCUCGUAGCAUUCCACAGAAUGCCAGCACACCUCCCACAGUGCCCACCAGAGCACUUCUCAGAACUCCUGUCCCCACCGGCCCUAUCUGUCCUUCAGUUCUUCACAGUGCAGGUGGGAAGACACGGAGUACCUCCCAAAGUAGUCUUUCUGGGGCUUCCUACUGCUACACAGGUAUCAGAGAGCAGAGAGAGGAUACUGAGAUGGAGGAUGAGGCCUUUAGCUGCAGUGAGGGAGAGCAUGAGGCUGAAGCUGUAGUGGGGCUCAGACAGCAGGAGGCUGAAGCUACGAUGGGGCACAGACAGCAGGAUGCAGCAGCGGGAGACUCAUGGAGACACUUGGGAGGCUUGGAGGCUGGGGUGGCUGGGGUCAGGCGUGCCUUGGAUGUAGGCGAUCUGACCUCAGCACUUCAAGGAUGCAAUUUAAGCACUUUUCUUUACAUAGACAAGCUCUCCACAUCAGAGGUGGUUAUGUUUCUUGAAAGUUGUCAGUUAAGAGAGUAUAGUUCCAGGGCCUCUGUUUCAGAAUGUUCUAGCACAGAAAUGAACAAAGAGUUCAAGCAAAGUGAAAUCUUCAGAAAGAACCAUGGGAAAAGGUUCCAUGAAGAAGAAACAUUCAGAGCCUCGGAAGAGUGGUUCGAGUCAGAGGGAGAUGAUUCCUGUGUCAGGAAUUCAAACCAGCAUGUUUGCAGUCCUCUGGAAAUGUCAUCUGAUAUUCUCACCAAAACCAGGGAUGAACUGGAUACAAACCAUGGGGACUCCAGUGAGAAGGAUGUUGAGCAUGUCUUGUUCUUAAAGACGCAUCACAGCCAGGCAGCUGAAGAGCUGAUAGAAGAAAACCCGCCUGAGGAAGCAUCCAACUCCAUGUCCCACAUUGUAGAAUUGCCCCAACCAGCCGCUGUGGAUGUUGUAGGCAGCUCCCCACUGAGUGGCAGGUUUGACCCUGAGCGUAUUCAGAGCAGAUCUGAGGAUGAGACCAAUUAUGGGGGGUACCCCAGCACUAGGGAGGAGGACCUGGCAGAACCUGCGGAACUUUUGGCCCUGAGCUCUGACUCGACAGCUCCGCCAAGGAUAGAGCCGAGCUCUGCCUGUGUGACAGAGACAGCAUUUCGCUAUCAGAUCUCUGCAGUGACCUCAGAAGUCAUAAGUGUGCUGAUAAAUAAGGACCAAGACGUCGUGAUUGAAAAGGGGGAUAACUGGACUAUCAUCAGUGGUGUCGCCAUCUCUCCUGGCAUGGAACAAGUAGUUCUUUGUGACACUUUUGAUGCUUUCGCUUCGCAGGAUCUGGGAGGCCUAGACAAUGGCUCUAUGGAGAAAUCCCCUGAAGCUAGUCCUGCUGGCCCUCUACCUCAAGAGCCUCUGUGUGGUGCCCAGGAGGAUAUUUCCAGCAGUGGUCAGAGUGCCAACUUCGAUAAGAGCCGUCUUCGGAACAGACCUGUGAAGCCUAGCAUCUGGAUUCGCUCUCAGAUGUAUGAUCCAACACUCGAGACGGAGAAAGUUGCAUCCGAUCACACGUAUUAUAACUGGAAAUUAGAACCACUUGGUAAGAAUAAGACUCGAUCAAAGAUUUCCAACAAAGAUCAGUCAAGCAAACUAGCAAAGACUCCAGGACUCAACAGAGGGGAAGUGCAUCUGGAUGAAGUCCCUCAGCCAGUACCGGGGAAAAGAACAAAUACAAAAAUGCCAAGCAGCCAAGCUCAGUCCACCAUGGCUGGUGUAGGUGUUUCCACCCCUCCCAACUGUUCCCCUGAUACUCUGAGCAAGAUCCGGCAAGAAGUGGGGCCUCCACUGCCUCCUUUGCUCCCCCCACUGAUAGCCACACCUCCAAGGACAUCACGACCACUGUCCCCUCUCAUAUCAAGUUCUAGUCCGUCCUCACUGGCCUCACCUGCCGGCCGCAUCUCCCCUCUGCGUGACAUUCCAGGGCCUCCUGUGUUGUCUCCGUGGCCGGAGGAACUCCAGCAGGCCUCCCCACUGGAUCCCUCUCCAUCCCCCUCACGGGCCCCAGCCACUGGAAGGAUAGUGUCUUCCCCUCUGCAGUUCUGUGCUGCUACACCGAAGCAUGCACUUCCCGUGCCCGGCCGGCUCCCAUCCUGUACACCUGGCCAUGCUGCUGUGAGUGGGCCCCAGGAAAAUUCCGUUAAAAUCCUUGACACAAUGUACCCAGAGUUAUCCGCCCGGGCCCGGACCCUCAGCCUCCUCAAAGGGAACAUGCAACUGUCCCGAGGCUCCUCUGUGGAUGGAAAGGUGUUGCCGGGGCGUGUCAGUGCUCUCAUAGGACUCAAAGCUAUCACCUCAACUUCUACUGCUUUUGUCCUAACAUCGGGCACCUCUGGUGGUGAUGGUAGCCAAGGUAAGUCACAAGACCGGAGUGUCCAGCAAGAUGCAGGUGGGAAAAGAACCCUGGCAGCAUCCAUACUGAGAAGUGCCAAAAGACUGCGUCUGGAGAGCGAGUCCCCAGAGCCUCAUACUAGCCAGGUGACCACAGAAGGAGCCCCUGAGGACCCCCCAGGAGGAAUCUCACCGGUCGAAGUUGUCACAGCUGAGGAAGAGCAAACUGCUGCCCUGGUCUGCAGCCCAGCAUCUCAGCUGCAUGUAAACCCACAGGAGAUGGCAGAGUCGUACAACAUAGCUAUAGCUCGGGCCCUGAGGAAGAUUGCUGAGUCCUCUUUUGACCUGCUUCCUGUCAUUCGUAGUCACGUGUAUGUGGGAAACAUCUCCAAAAAGCCUGUCAUGAGAGAUCAAGAGAAGGAAGUUGUUUAUGAAUUUAGCACCACAAACAAGCAUUUAGGAGAAUACUUACUUCGCUCUAUUCUCUCAGAGCUAAAGAUUCAGAAGACAUCUCUAGAUCACAGUUACAUCCAUGCACUGUGCAGAGUAUAUGUGGGCAUUUGUCGGCAACUUGGAGACUUGGAAAGAGCUCGCUUGUUCUGUUAUAGCCUUCUGAAAGAAGAUUUUCCAGAAUCUGAGAAGUUGACUCUAUUCAUUGCCAACAUGUGGCGUGAAGUGUUUCUCUCCCAGUCAGCCAUUAGUCAAGCGAUGCAGCUGGUUGCCAGGCAGCGUGCCAGAGGCGAGGUUCUGAACUGCCUGAGAGCGUUCCUCAGCUGGGAAAAGAACGCUCCUAUAGAUGUUGGAAUCGUGGUUUCUAAGCUGCUUUUGACCAUACAGCUAUGCCCCAAAACAGAAUUUCAGGCGAGUGAAGAGUUUGGUGAAGACCUCAGUGCAAACAUUUGGGAGUACAUAUUUGCUAUUGAUCUCCUCUGUUGCCACCAGAGGUGGAUUUGGACACAUGAUAACAUCAUAAGUAAGGAGCUGUGGCCUGUAAUGGAUAAGUGGAUCAAAUACAGGAAAGGCCAUUCUAACAUCGCAUACACCCCGGAUGUUAUUGUCGCAUCUGUGCUGAGACUGAUUGGUCGGUUAGGCCAGUUGGGUUUGAAGGAAGGAUUUCCAACUGCCGUAAAGAAUAUCAGCUCGGUUAUUGGUAUGUUCAUACAACAUGCUCAGGAUGAAGAUAUUCCAUGGGGCGUGCAGCUUGCAGCUGUCUAUGCCCUUUGUGACUUGAGUCCUAGCAAUCCAGCAGAGAUAUCCAAGAUCCUGGAAGCUUGGCGGACACAGACUUCCAACACUAUUCCAUCUGCAAUCGUCAGCUGCCUGGAAGAGGUUGGCUCCCUUAGUGCUGAUGGCUCAGCUGUCUCCACAAGCGCAGGAGACUCUGCACCCUGAGAGCCCGGGGCUCAGCUCCCUGAGAUGGGAAGGUCAUCAGAAGGUCAUGGUCACUGUGCAGAGAAGUGCCCUGACACCUUUUGUUGUAAAGGAUUAGUCUGCCUUCAGCUAACUGAGGUCCAACGGAGAAAAGCAUAAAGCAGGUGACAGUGCAAGGCUCCCAUUUGGACUGUAUAGAGAUGGCCAGUCUGAGGCAGCAGCAAAGUCCUGUGUGCUCUGUGCACAGGGACAGCUCUACAGGCUCUGCGCACAGGGACAGCUCUGCAGGCUCUGCAUAGGGACAGCUCUGCAGGCUCUGUGUAUAUAAACAGCUCUACGGGCUCUGUGUACAGGGACAGCUCUGUGGGCUCUGUGUAUAUGGACAGCUCUACAGGCUCUGUGCACAGGGACAGCUCUACAGGCUCUGUGCACAGGGACAGCUCUACAGGCUCUGUGCACAGGGACAGCUCUACAGGCUCUGUGCACAGGGACAGCUCUACAGGCUCUGUGCACAGGGACAGCUCUACAGGCUCUGUGCACAGGGACAGCUCUACAGGCUCUGUGCACAGGGACAGCUCUACAGGCUCUGUGCACAGGGACAGCUCUACAGGCUCUGUGCACAGGGACAGCUCUACAGGCUCUGUGCACAGGGACAGCUCUACAGGCUCUGUGCACAGGGACAGCUCUACAGGCUCUGUGCACAGGGACAGCUCUACAGGCUCUGUGCACAGGGACAGCUCUACAGGCUCUGUGUAUAGGGACAGCUCUACAGGCUCUGUGCACAGAGACAGCUCUGUACAGAGACAGCUCUACAGGCUCUGUGCACAGGGACAGCUUUACAGGCUCUGUGUAUAUGGACAGCUCUACAGGCUCUGUGCACAGGGACAGCUCUACAGGCUCUGUGUAUAGGGACAGAUCUGUGGACUCUGUGCACAGGGACAGCUCUAUAGGCUCUGUGUAUAUGAACAGCUCUACAGGCUCUCUGCACAGGGACAGCUCUACAGGCUCUCUGCACAGAGACAGCUCUGUGUAUAGGGACAUCUCUACAGGCUCCGUGCACAGGGACAGCUCUACAGGCUCUCUGCACAGGGAACGCUCUGUGGGCUCUGUAUAGGGACAGCUCUGCAGGCUCUGUAUAUAGGGACAGCUCUGCGGGCUCUGUGUAGGGGGACAGCUCUGUGGGCUCUGCAUGGGGACAGCCCUGUGGGGGUAUGUGCAUACAGACAGUGCUAUCUAUGAUGUGUUUCACAUUGGAUGAUAUUCCUUUCGGAAUUUUUGUAUUUGUAUAUAGAAAUGGGUUUAAUAACUCACUGUGAUUCUGAUUCGUCUUAUUAUCCAUUAUUUCUUAAAACUCUUGUAUGUGUUUUUAUAAUAAAAAAUAAAAGCAAGCCAUAUACACUGUU